AAUGUUUAAUUAGGAGCUGUAAGUCGCUAGAACCAUGGACCAGGAAUCAGCGAUUCAGGGAAAAAUUUUCCACGGGGAAAAUUUCCCGCCUUUGAACUUUAAAGCAACCAAGGAGGAGCUCAAGUUCAUGCGCGAUUCUAAAGCUACGAAGCAGCCGCUGGGCAUCCUCCAGGAGAUGCUAUCCCGACGCAGCAUCGUCCCCGUUUAUGAGCUCAUUAAGACUGAAGCCCCGGCCGGUCACUUGCAGAACUACUGGUUUCGCGUCGUCUUUGAAGACGGGAAAAUGACUUAUUUCGCUGAGGGCUCUGGACGCUCUAAAAAAGCUGCCAAGCAUGAUGCGGCUCGAAACCUCAUCGAAAUAUUAUGUGGAUCCCCUGGAAAUGGCCCCAAUCAAAAGGCAAAUGCAGAUGCCGGCGAACAGGACGAUGCUCAUCCCAUCCGCCGGCUGAGCCAGUUGUGCGCAGAACGCCGCUGGCCAACGCCGAUGUAUGACAUGGAAGUUGGUGACCCCGAGGAGUCGCUCCACACGAUCGUUUGCUCGGUCCUCGAAUACCGCGAGGUGGCCAAGGGUUUUUCCAAGAAAGCCGCCAAGCGUUUGGCCGCCCAACAAAUGUGCGUCCGUCUGCUGGAGGAGCCCAUUAUUGCGGAGGAAGUUCAACAGAAGGAUGGCGGUGAGCUAACGAACAAGCUAAAGAUGAUCCCGGUAACCCAAGUUGGAAAGAAAAUGGUCAAAAUACAAAAGACCUGCCUGAAGAACACCAAGAUUGAUCACAAGAAGCUGCUGGAAGAGAUCGCUGCGGAGAACAAGUUCGAUAUCACCUACGUGGAUAUCGAGGAGGCCUCCUUCACUGGCCAAUUCCAAUGUCUGGUCAUGAUCUCCAUGUCGCCAGUGGGAAUAUGUCACGGCACUGGGGCUUCGGUUGAAGAAGCCCACUCGAAUGCCGCCCAGAAUGGCCUGGAGUACCUGAAGAUAGUCACCCGAAAGGGCAAGAGUAUCGAGCAAGCGAUUGCCAAGAUAAAUCUUAAUCUGUAA